GCCUGUGGCAUGCACAGCGAGAACCAGACCUUGUCGCCGCGCCACCGGCUCACGCUCCGCGGGGGCUGGGAGCACCGGCCGCGCAUCGUGUCGUCGCAGCUGCACGAGAACCAGACCAACGGCGACAAGCCGAUCUACAAGGUUGGCAUCUCGCUUGCGCAGAUCUUAGACCGCAGCUACACGCUCGGCCGCUUUCGCCAAACCAAGAUCAUCUGUGCUAUCGGUCCAAGCUGCUGGUCGACGGAAAUGCUUGGGCGACUGCUCGACGCUGGCAUGAACGUCGCACGCUUCAACUUCUCCCAUGGCGACCACGCGCUGCAUGCGCGGUCGCUGUCCAACCUGCGCGACGCGAUGCAGAUGCGCCCCGGGUGCCACUGUGCCGUGCUCCUCGAUACCAAAGGCCCUGAAAUCCGAACGGGGCUUUUGAAAGACCACACGCCCGUGCACCUCGUCUCGGGCCAGGAGCUCGUACUCGUGGCCGAUGAGGCAUUUCAGGACGGCGACGCGACGCGCAUCGGAUGCAAUUACGCGCAUCUCGCGACGUCCGUGUCACCCGGGUCCACGAUCCUCGUCGACGACGGCGGGCUCACGCUCAAAGUGCUGGCGUGCACAAGUGCAACCCAAGUCGUGACGCAAGUUCAAAACAGCUACGUGCUCGACGAGCGCAAAAAUAUGAAUCUGCCCGGGGCUGCACUGCGCAUCCCAGGUAUCACGACCAAGGACGAGCACGACCUACGCGAAUUUGCAAUCCCACAGCGCGUCGACAUUGUCUCUGGUUCGUUUGUUCGGUCUGCUGCCAACGUCCGUGCGAUUCGAGCCUGUCUCGGGGACGCUGGCAAGUACAUUCGCGUGCACGCCAAGAUCGAGAGCCUCGAGGCGCUACGAAACAUUGAUGAGAUCAUUGCGGAAGCCGAUGGCGUCCACGUCUCGCGCGGUGAUCUCGGCAUGGAGCUGGCCCCGGAGCAAGUUUUCAUGGCGCAAAAACUCAUUAUUCGCAAAGCCAACCUCGCCAACAAGCCCGUCGUGACGUCAACGCAGAUGCUCCAAUCCAUGACGAAGUGCCCGACGCCGUCCCGCGCAGAGUGCACAGACGUGGCCAACGCCGUCCUCGAUGGAACAGACUGCGUCAUGCUCUCUGGAGAGACAGCCAAAGGUCAAUACCCGGUCGAGGCAGUCGCAACCAUGGCACGCAUUUGCAUCGAAGCGGAAGGUAGCAUUGUGUAGCAAUUCCGCUUCACGGUCGACGUAGGCUCGCUGCAUUACCCGACGCUGUACACCAACCUGCGCGAUGCGACGCCCAAGCCCAUUAGCAUAUGUGAGGCCAUGGCUUCGUCUGCCGUUGAGACGGCGAUUGAUAUCCAGGCCAAGCUCAUCGUGGCGCUUACCGACUCGGGCUACACUGCCAAAUGCAUCGCCAAAUACCGGCCAGCGGCGCGCGUCCUGGCGGUGACGGCCGAGCCGUACGUCGCACGGCAACUCGCGGGUCUUUCACGCGGCAUCACGUGCCUCAAAGUGGCUUCGAUGAGCGGCACGGACGACCUCAUCGACAUUGCGAUCGAGUACGCCAAGCGCCAGCGCUGGAUCGCGAGCAUGGACAUCGUCGUCGUCUUGCAUGGACUCGUCGAGGGUGCACCAGGGCGCACGAAUGUGGUCAAGAUCAUCCAAGCCAACGACCACGGGUACGCGUCCCCGAUGAACCAUAGGUCGCCGGUCAGUGUCGCGUUUCCGUGAAGUACUACCAAGGUCAUAACCUUUACGGCCUUGUACUACGAAGCAGUGUUAGACAAACUACUAAUAUUGCAUGGGCGAUUCAUUUCUCUA